CUUCAGGGCUCAUGUGGAGGUGGCGAGAAAGCGGACAAGUGCGGACAAAAUCCAACUGGCAACUGGACGCCGCGAUUUUCAAUUGGGGGACUUUCGCAUAUCAUGGAAUUAUACGAGGAAUCCCGGCCGGAGCAGUUGUGCCGCUGACCACAUCGCCAGUGUUUUAUUCCCGACACGGUCUCCUUCUGAAGAAGGCAUACCGAAAAGUGGAGCCAAAUGUCCGACAAAAUGUCCAGUUUCCUCCACAUCGGGGACGUCUGUUCCCUGUAUGCGGAGGGAUCCACCAAUGGAUUUAUCAGCACUUUAGGUCUGGUGGACGACCGCUGUGUGGUGCAACCAGAAUCUGGGGACCUAAACAACCCUCCUAAGAAAUUUCGAGACUGUCUGUUCAAGUUGUGUCCAAUGAACAGGUACUCAGCGCAGAAACAGUUCUGGAAAGCAGCAAAACCUGGUGGAAACAGCACCACAGACACUGUACUCCUCAACAAAUUACAUCAUGCUGCUGAUCUAGAGAAGAAACAGAAUGAAUCAGAAAACCGGAAGCUGCUGGGAACGGUGAUACAGUACGGAAAUGUUAUUCAGCUGUUGCAUUUAAAAAGCAAUAAGUACCUUACGGUGAAUAAACGACUGCCUGCUUUGCUGGAAAAGAACGCCAUGCGUGUGACGCUGGACUCGGCUGGAAAUGAAGGCUCCUGGUUCUACAUACAGCCCUUUUACAAACUACGCUCCAUAGGAGACAGUGUUGUUAUUGGGGAUAAAGUGGUUUUGAAUCCCGUAAAUGCAGGACAGCCUCUACAUGCCAGCAGCCAUCAGUUGGUGGACAAUCCUGGCUGCAACGAGGUGAACUCGGUGAACUGCAACACUAGCUGGAAGAUUGUUUUAUUUAUGAAAUGGAGUGACAACAAGGAAGCCAUUCUUAAAGGGGGUGACGUGGUUCGGCUGUUUCAUGCCGAGCAGGAGAAGUUUCUCACUUGCGAUGAACACAGGAAGAAGCAAUAUGUGUUCCUGCGAACCACCGGCCGCCAGUCUGCCACCUCUGCCACCAGCAGCAAAGCAUUGUGGGAAGUGGAGGUGGUUCAGCAUGACCCGUGUCGUGGUGGCGCUGGUUAUUGGAAUAGUCUUUUCAGGUUUAAACACUUGGCCACAGGACACUACCUGGCAGCAGAGGUGAGUGAGGCUAAUCCUGACUAUGAAGAAGAGUCACAGGAAUCACGUUCAUCUGUGGCAGAUUUUUCACCCUUUAACUUCCAGCUUGACUCAGAGCAUGAAGUUCUGCGAGCACGUCUGCGAACGCCCAACGAGAAGGUCAUGUACACCCUCGUGUCUGUCCCCGAUGGCAAUGACAUCUCCUCCAUAUUUGAGCUGGAUCCCACCACCCUCAGAGGAGGAGACUCCCUCGUACCCAGGUACACAUUGGACCAUUUUUGGUUCAUACCAUUAAAGUCGCUCAAGAACCCCAUCGACAAAGAGGAGGAGAAGCCAGUUAUGUUACGGAUUGGCACAUCACCUAUCAAAGAAGAUAAAGAGGCCUUCGCCGUUGUGCCAGUCCCUCCUGCGGAGGUGAGGGACCUAGACUUUGCCAAUGAUGCCAGUAAAGUGUUGGCAUCUAUCGCUGGCAAGCUGGAGAAGGGCACAAUCACCCAGAAUGAAAGAAGGUUUGUCACUAAGCUUCUCGAGGACCUUGUGUUUUUUGUGGUGGACAUUCCAAACAGUGGGCAGGAUGUUUUGGAGAUCAUGGUCAAUAAACCCAACCGUGAACGGCAGAAACUCAUGAGAGAGCAGAAUAUCUUGAAACAAAUCUUCAAGCUGCUUCAGGCCCCAUUCACAGACAGCGGUGAUGGGCCAAUGUUGCGUCUGGAGGAGCUGAGUGACCAGAGACACGCACCCUUCAGGCACAUCUGCAGGCUGUGCUACCGUGUGCUGCGACAUUCACAGCAGGACUACAGGAAGAACCAGGAAUACAUUGCCAAGCAGUUCCGCUUCAUGCAGAAACAGAUCGGCUACGACGUGUUGGCCGAAGACACAAUAACGGCCCUCCUCCACAACAACCGCAAACUCUUGGAGAAGCACAUCACGGCGGCAGAAAUUGACACGUUUGUCAGCCUUGUGAGGAAAAACCGUGAACCAAGGUUUUUGGACUACCUGUCCGAUCUGUGUGUGUCCAUGAACAAGUCCAUCCCGGUGACUCAGGAGCUGAUCUGUAAUGCGGUGCUGAAUCCUGCCAAUGCUGACAUCCUUAUAGAGACCAAGCUGGUGUUGUCUCGGUUUGAGGUCGAGUCUGGAGAGGGUCCUGUGGAGUCAGAGGAGGAUGAGGAGGAGGUGUGGUUGUUUUGGAAGAACAGUGGUAAGGAGAUCAAGAGUAAGAGCAUCAGAGAGCUGGCACAGGAUGCUAAAGAAGGCCAGAAAGAGGACCAGGAGGUCAUUAGCUACUACAGAUACCAGCUGAACCUGUUUGCACGGAUGUGUUUGGACCGCCAGUACUUGGCCAUUGAGAAGAUAUCAGGCCAGCUGGAUGUGGACCUGAUCCUGCGCUGCAUGUCGGAUGAAGACCUGCCCUAUGACCUCCGUGCCUCUUUCUGCCGACUGAUGCUUCACAUGCAUGUAGACCGUGACCCGCAGGAACAGGUCAUGCCUGUGAAAUAUGCCAGGCUGUGGUCUGAGAUCCCAUCCAAAAUCGCAAUUGAUGAUUAUGAUAACGAUGGAACCAGUAGAGAUGAGAUAAAAGAGCGCUUUGCGCUUACUAUGGAUUUUGUGGAGAACUACCUCAGAGAUGUGGUCUGUCAAAAUGUUCCUUUCUCUGAUAAAGAGAAAAACAAACUCACUUUUGAGGUUGUGAAUUUAGCAAGAAACCUUAUUUACUUUGGCUUUUACAACUUCAGUGACUUGUUGCGUUUGACCAAGAUCUUGUUGGCCAUUUUGGACUGUGUUCAUGUCAGUACCAUCUAUCCUGUCAACAAAAUGGAAAAAGGAGAUGAGUCCAAAAGUAGCAAUGUAAUGAAAUCCAUCCAUGGCGUUGGGGAGCUGAUGACGCAGGUGGUCCUAAGAGGAGGCGGAUUCUUACCCACAACCCCCACAACACCCCCAGAUGGUGAUGUGGUGAAGACCCAGACAGAACCAGAGAAGGAAGACAUUCUGGUGAUGGACACCAAACUGAAGAUCAUAGAGAUCCUACAGUUUAUUCUGAAUGUUCGACUGGACUACAGGAUCUCCUGCUUGCUCUGCAUCUUCAAACGUGAGUUUGACGAGAGCAACACACAAACGGAUGCAGUGCCAGCUGCAAAUGCAGACGGGCCCAACAGUAUCCCAGCUUUGGACUUUGAGAACAUUGAAGAACAAGCAGAAGGAAUAUUUGGUGGAAGUGAGGAGAACUCACCUCUGGAUCUUGAUGACCAUGGCGGAAGAACAUUUUUGAGGGUUCUGUUGCAUCUCACCAUGCACGACUAUCCACCGCUCGUGUCUGGAGCGCUGCAUUUGCUCUUCAGACACUUCAGUCAGAGACAAGAAGUGCUCAUGGCUUUCAAACAGGUUCAACUUCUAGUGACCAGUCAGGAUGUUGACAACUACAAGCAGAUCAAAUCAGACCUUGACCAGCUGCGAUCUAAUGUGGAAAAAUCUGAGCUCUGGGUGUACAAGCGACAGGGUGAUGAAGGCAUGGAUGCAGGAGAUGGACUCCCAGCAGAGUCUGACCACAAAAAGAAGAAGGACUCUGGUUCAGGCAAAAAAAAGACCGACGGAAAUGGCAGUGACAAUUACAGAGAUGUGAAGGAGAUCCUCUUGCGUCUCAGCAAACUGUGUGUACAGGAAGGACCAUCAGGGAAGAAGAGUAAGAAACAGCAGCAGAGGCUGUUGAGGAACAUGGGAGCUCAUUCAGUGGUGCUUGAACUGCUGCAGAUCCCUUAUGAGAAGGGUGAGGAUGUCCGAAUGCAAGAGAUCAUGAAACUGGCUCACGAGUUUCUUCAGAACUUCUGCGCAGGCAACCAGCAGAACCAGGCUCUGCUCCACAAACACAUCAACCUGUUCCUCAACCCUGGGAUCCUGGAGGCCAUCACCAUGCAGCACAUAUUCAUGAACAACUUUCAGCUGUGCAGUGAGAUGAACGAGCGUGUUGUACAGCAUUUUGUCCACUGCAUCGAGACCCACGGCAGACACGUGCAGUACCUGAAGUUCCUGCAGACCAUCGUCAAGGCUGAGAACAAAUUUAUCAAAAAAUGCCAGGAUAUUGUAAUGGCCGAGUUGGUGAACUCUGGAGAGGACGUGCUGGUCUUUUAUAAUGACCGGGCCUCCUUCCAAACUCUGGUCCAGAUGAUGCGUUCGGAGCGUGACCGGAUGGAUGAAAACAGCCCCCUCGUGUACCACAUCCACCUGGUGGAGCUGCUGGCCAUCUGCACAGAGGGCAAAAACGUCUACACCGAGAUCAAGUGCAACUCCCUACUGCCAUUGGAUGAUAUCGUCCGUGUGGUUACGCACAAAGACUGCAUCCCUGAGGUCAAAAUUGCAUAUAUCAACUUCCUGAACCAUUGCUACGUGGACACAGAGGUCGAAAUGAAGGAGAUCUACACCAGCAACCACAUGUGGAAGCUCUUUGAGAACUUUCUGGUUGACAUAUGCAGGGUCUGCAACAAUACAAGCGACCGCAAACAUGCUGACAUGACGUUAGAAAGCUACGUGACAGAAACCGUGAUGAGUAUUGUGACGACAUUUUUCAGCUCCCCUUUCUCCGACCAGAGCACUAGUUUACAGUUUCUACAGCGGAUUGAUUUCUUUGAAGUGGCGCGUCAUAUGUAUGCCUCCAUUUUAAGCAAAAUUACUGAGACCCGGCAGCCUGUGUUUGUGCAGCUCCUGCAGGGGGUUUUCAGAGUUUACCACUGUAACUGGCUCGUUCCUGCCCAGAAAGCCUCAGUGGAGAGCUGUAUUAAGGUUCUGUCUGAUGUGGCCAAGAGCAGAGCGAUCGCCAUCCCGGUGGAUUUGGACAGCCAGGUGAACAACCUGUUUGUGAAGUCCAACAAUGUGGUUCAGAAAACCAUCCUCAAUUGGAGGAUGUCAGCUCGCAACACGUCCAGAAGAGACUCGACGCUCACCACUUCCAAAGAUUACAGGAACAUCAUCGAGAGGCUGCAGGACAUCGUGUCUGCUCUGGAGGAUCGUCUGCGGCCCCUGGUUCAAGCUGAGCUCUCGGUGUUGGUGGACGUACUGCAUCGCCCGGAGCUGCUCUUCCCUGAAAACACAGAUGCCCGACAGAAAUGCGAGAGCGGAGGCUUCAUCUUUAAAUUAAUAAAACACACUAAACAGCUUUUAGAGGAGAACGAGGAGCGUUUGUGUAUAAAAGUUCUGCAGACGCUUCGAGAAAUGAUGACAAAAGACCGCGGCUAUGGGGAAAAGCUAAUUGCCUUUGAUGAUGAGCUGGAUGUGGCUGAGCUUGCACCCCCACCAGAACCAGAGGUCCCAGCAGAGGAGUUUGAUCCAAACCAGCCCCAGAAGCAACUGGAGGAUCAGAGAAGGGGUGAAGUUUUGAGGCAAGUUCUGGUGAACCGUUACUAUGGCAACUUCAAGCCGGGAGGCAGGCGAGACAGUUUGACCAAUUUCAACAACGGGCCGCUCACCCCCGGCGGGCAGACCAAGACUCCUACAGAUGACUCCCUCCCCGACCACUUUUUUUCUCUAUGCUACGUGUCCUAUAUAUUCCGAGCCAUUGCUGUUGCCAGGCGACAAGAACAUGGCACCCACACUUCCUGUAUCUUCCAGGAAAGCAUCCUGCUGGCCAUCGCUCUGCUGGAGGGAGGAAACCCUGUCAUACAGCGGUCAUUUUUCUGCCGUCUGACAGGCGACAGUAAGUCAGAGAAGUUCUUUAAAGUGUUUUACGAGCGGAUGAAGCUGGCCCAGCAAGAGAUAAAGGCAACUGUGACGGUGAACACCAGUGAUCUGGGCAGCAAGCGCAAAGACGAGGACGCCAACGACAAGGACACCCAAACACGCAAGAAAGUCAAGGAGGUUGCUGUAGUAACCGAGGAAGUGCGAGAGCAACUUAUUGAAGCUUCUACGGCCACUAAGAAGGCCUUCACCACUUACCGAAGGGAGGCAGACGCAGAUGAGCAUCUGAAUGUGGCAGAGGGGCAGAGCAGCACAGGAGAGAAGAACCAGGAUGACAAUGAGAUGAGCGUGAUCAUAACCACCAUGCAGCCAAUCCUGCGCCUUCUGCAGCUCCUUUGUGAGAACCACAACCGUGAACUGCAGAACUUCCUUCGCUGUCAAAACAACAAAAACAACUACAACUUGGUGUGUGAGACGCUGCAGUUCCUGGAUUGUAUAUGUGGCAGCACUACAGGAGGUCUGGGGCUGCUGGGGCUUUAUAUUAAUGAGAAGAACGUCGCUCUCAUAAACCAGACUGUGGAGAGCCUGACAGAGUACUGCCAGGGCCCUUGCCAUGAAAACCAGAAUUGUAUUGCCACGCAUGAAUGUAACGGCAUUGACAUCAUCAUCGCUCUCAUCCUCAAUGACAUCAACCCUCUUGGAAAAAAGAGGAUGGACUUGGUCCUGGAGCUCAAGAAUAACGCCUCAAAACUGCUACUGGCCAUCAUGGAAAGCCGCCACGACAGUGAGAAUGCGGAGCGAAUCCUGUAUAACAUGAGGCCUAAAGAACUGGUGGAGGUGAUCAAAAAGGCCUACAUGCAGGGAGAAAUUGAGGUAGAACACAACGAUGAUGAUGAGCACGGUGAGGAAGAGCACGCCGCUUCUCCACGAAAUGUGGGUCACAACAUCUACAUCCUGGCCCAUCAGCUAGCCAGACACAACAAGGAACUCCAGGCCAUGCUGAAGCCAGGAGGGACGUAUGGGGAGGGAGAUGAAGCUUUAGAGCACUACGCCAAACACACAGCACAAAUCGAGAUCGUCCGCCUGGAUCGCACAAUGGAGCAAAUAGUUUUUCCCGUCCCCAACAUUUGCGAAUUCCUAACCCAGGAGUCUAAGCUCCGCGUCUAUUACACCACGGAGCGUGACGAGCAGGGCAGCAAGAUCAAUGACUUCUUCUUACGCUCCGAAGACCUCUUCAACGAGAUGAACUGGCAGAAGAAGCUGCGAGCUCAGCCCAUCCUGUACUGGUGUUCCCGUAACAUGUCCUUUUGGAGCAGCAUCUCCUUUAAUCUCGCCGUCCUCAUGAACCUGUUGGUAGCAUUCUUCUAUCCACUGGAAGGAGUGCGUGGAGGCACCCUGGAGCCACACCUCUCUGCACUGCUUUGGGCGGCAAUGUUGGUUUCACUGGCCAUAGUUAUAGUACUGCCCCAACCUCACGGGAUUCGGGCUCUCAUUGCUUCCACCAUAUUACGCCUCAUAUUUUCAGUCGGCCUGGAGCCCACACUGUUCCUUCUCGGAGCUUUCAAUGUGUGCAAUAAAGUGAUUUUUCUAAUGAGUUUCGUGGGAAAUCGCGGUACGUUCACAAGAGGAUACAAGGCCAUGAUCAUGGAUGUGGAGUUCCUGUAUCAUCUGCUUUACCUCAUUAUAUGCAGCCUUGGAGUCUUUGUUCAUGUCUUCUUCUACAGCUUGCUUCUCUUUGACCUGAUCUACCGAGAGGAGACGCUGUUAAACGUCAUCAAGAGUGUAACCAGGAACGGCCGCUCGAUUGUUUUGACCGCAGUGCUGGCUCUCAUCCUGGUCUACCUCUUCUCCAUCGUUGGAUACAUCAUCUUCAAGGAUGAUUUCAUACUGACCGUGGACAGGAUAUCCAAUAAAACUCUUGAGCAAUCCGCCAGUAAGAUGGGAGAGUUCCUGGCAGGUGCGGUGUGCCGGAAAGAGGAGAACUGUUCCACAGAGACCAUGAUGGAUGCUGUGGGAGUACAAUCGACUGCGGUCGUGAUUGAGGAUAAGGAGAGGACGUGCGACUCGCUGCUCAUGUGCAUCGUCACCGUGUUGAGCCACGGCCUGCGGAGCGGCGGUGGGGUCGGAGAUGUUCUGCGCAAACCUUCUAAAGAGGAGCCUCUGUUUGCAGCCCGUGUGAUCUACGACCUCCUCUUCUUCUUCAUGGUCAUCAUCAUCGUCCUCAACCUCAUUUUUGGAGUCAUCAUUGACACCUUUGCUGACCUCAGAAGUGAAAAGCAGAAGAAAGAGGAGGUUCUGAAAACGACUUGCUUUAUUUGUGGAUUGGAGAGGGACAAGUUUGACAACAAAACAGUGACAUUUGAGGCGCACAUUAAGGUGGAGCACAACAUGUGGCAUUAUCUCUUCUUCAUCGUGCUGGUGAAAGUGAAAGACUCCACGGAGUUCACAGGGCCAGAGAGCUAUGUGGCCGAAAUGAUCCGGGAACACAACUUGGACUGGUUUCCACGGAUGCGGGCCAUGUCGCUGGUUAGCAGCGACGCCGAGGGCGAACAGAACGAGAUCAGGAAUCUUCAGGAGAAACUUGAAUCCACCAUGAAGCUCGUCUUGAAUCUCUCAUGCCAACUCACUGAACUGAAAGAACAGAUGACAGAGCAGAGGAAACAGAAACAGAGGAUCGGGCUAUUGGGACACCCCCAACACAUGAACGUGAAUCCCCAGCAGCCCGCCUGAACCCCCGUUCCACUGGCCAAGUGUCCUACAGCUGUCUCCUGCAGACAUCAAUCACAUCAGCCUUUCUGUGUGCGUGUGUAUGUCAAGACAUCACAGACACAUCAUCACCACAACCUGCUGUGUACACCCAAAAUAAAUGGCUGUAGGCCACCAGUUUAAAAGACUUUCGCCCCCUUCUUCACAUCCAUUUGUGUGCCAAAUGUUUCUGCGUGUUAAAGAGGAAGUGCGUUUGCAUCAGUCACCUUCCACACGGUGAAAAUGAGCUACACUAGAUACUGCACGACUUACAAACAUGUGCUGCAACCUGUAGAUGCUGCUUGGACACACAUCCUUUUGUAUUGACCCAUAGCAGUCAGUAUUUGAUGUCUUAUUUUUGUAUUUUUUGCAAUAUUAAUAUUUUAAUAUGCAACUACAUCUGUAUGUUAUGUCUUAAAGUGACGGUGCAGUAAUUUCUUUUUCUUUGGUUCUUUUGCUUUAUGAAUGUAAUGAAAUACAUUAGAGGCCAGGUACUUGUAGGAAUACUGUUUGCAAAGUCAAGUUUGAUGACAGAUACGAUAUAUGUAUAUGGGGAAAAACAGCCUUUUUCGUAUUUAAGUUAAUUUAUUUAUAUCAACAUGCUUAAAGGAGAUGCUUAUGCGAAUGCUGCCAAUUUAGAGUUCUUUAAUUCUCAUGAAUAAAAUCAGGUUCUGUUUGGUAUUUAGGAGCUCUUUAUUAAGCUUUAUGGCUUUUUGUUUGUGCUGUCAGAUUUAUGGCCUUAGAAGUCAUAUACAAAGUAAUAAUAGAUGAACUGUUCAGGCAGUUAAGAUUUUUUUAAAAUAAUGCACUAAAAUAAUUGAACUCGUAUCAUUCCUGUCAUUAUAGAGCCAUGUUAAUUGCGCCGUUGUAUAUUCCUGCAACUCAGAAGGUGAAGCGCAGGAUGAAUAUUUGCUGACAAAAGCAAUCUUUGUCAAGUUUUCUUCUGUAAUCAGUCACAUUUUUCUAGACAAUUUUCAUCUUUUAGCUGAGCAAGGCAGGUCACUUUCUUAAUACUA